AUGCGUUUUGAUGUUCAUCGAGCAAUAAUGUGCCAAUCGCCUUUUUUUGAAAGUCUAAUGCAGAAAUUAACUCAAAUUCGUAAAGUCAAGCCCAACAAAUCCACCCUUGAGGAAAAAACCGAAUUUACAACUACUCUUAAAAUCGAUCUCUUCAAAGCAUUCUCUAACCGCGGUUUUGUCUUGAGCCCUUUUCAACACAUUGUUACACGUCGUUGGGAGAGUCCUAUUGAAUUAUCACCAUGCUCGACCAGAAAAUCCAAUAAUCGAUCCAAUGAGCCAUUAAAUCACAUUUUGACGUCUCACAUUAGAUUUGCGAUUCAAUGGCUAUACUCACAUGACAAGUCCGAAAUGACCCAGAAACUUGAGGACGAAGACACUCUCCAUAUAUUAUCGAUAGCAAUCUUGUUCGACAUUGAUGAUCUUGCAGACGAAUGCAUCAAGCGCUACACAACUACACAGCUGUCCCUGGCAACGGCUGUGCGUGAUCUUGAAACUAUCGGACAGCUUCCUCGCAACCACAACGCUUAUCUACAGCUCAGAGACGCCGUGUUACUGCUCUUGCUAAGAUACGGCCCUGAGCAUCCGGCUGGACUCGCCAUACUUCCAGUUGACUACAUGGCCGAUGUCUUGAGUGCAGAUAUCUUGUUUGUCGGCAGUGAGUUUGAACGCUACUGUCUCUUAAAAAAGACCUUGGUUACAUUCAUGCAGUCGGUCGGCAAAAUCACUUGGACCGCUUCUGGGCCAGUUGACCAGCACAAUAAACGACUUUCUGGAUUCGUACAACCACCAAAGUCACUACUGGCUCAGAAAAAACACCAGAGAAUCAAAGCGUUUGGAAAUUUUCCAAACGAAGAGCUCUCGGCAAACACGGUGCGUGCACUGAAGCGUAAACGAAUUCCAUCUGAAGAACUGGAAGACGCCCAAUUUAGCGUUGGCUUUAAUGAAGUCACCAAACUGCAGCCCGUACGAAUAAGUUUCUCUGCGUGUGUACCUUUUGAAAAACUUAUGGCAGACGUAUCUUCUGGUGGAGUGAUUGACAAAGCAACCGUAUUAUCCUAUCUCCUACGUACAACUGUGAUAUACAGCAACAUGACAUUCGAUCAAUUAACCACCGUACGCCAUGACAAGAUCGUCAAUGAAGAAAUUGUUUUUCGGGCCCUUUGGCAAAGAGAAGCACUAGAACGUAUCAUUUUUCCAUUCCAUUUCCAGUCGAGCCAGCCCAUUCCAUCUGAAGAGGAUUAUAAUGGAAAGGAUCCAACCCAAGAUCGCAGCGAGGCCCUCAACGAAUAUUUUGAUGUCGAUGACACUGUAGAUCAGGAAAGACGAAGAAGAAUAUUACUCGGGACACCCAAAUUCCGUUUCCGAAAAUCAAUUCAUCUCACACCAGCUACAGUUGCAAAUGGAUGGAAAUUAAUCGAGAAAUCAAACGCCAACUCAACAAACGAUAAAGCACCCACAGAAACCACACACAACGAUGCAAAUGAGAGCGAAGAUGAACUUGAGAAUCUAUUGAACUCACUAGAAGAUGAAGAAGAUUCUUUUUAUGAGUCGGAUCAAAUCGUGAGGUGUGAAACAUCCAAAGAUACUUCUUCAGACAGUGUAGCUGUACUCACACAAACACCACUUGAAGGAACAGAUCCUUUACUAGCCAACCAAUAUUCGCCUGCAUCAUAUUCCAAAACAUUCUACUCACGACCAGAAAAAAUCCUCGGAUCAUCCUAUUCUGUAGCUGUUGAGGCUCAAGUGAUGCCAAGACACUUACUCUACAUGAACAAUACCAACAACAAAAAGGAAGGUUCAAACGACGAAGAGAAUCCCAGCGACAAGAAUGUACUGGUUUGUCGAUUUGAGCUGUAUCAUGACGACAAAGGACUUCUUAGACGAGAGCUGUCUGAGAUAUCAUCAGACAAGUCAGAUGAAAUUGUGAAUGUAGAAGAAGCAGAAGAAGAAAAUAACACUCCAGGUCUUUCUGAUAAUGAACAAAUCCUAGAAAACGAAGAAGAGAGAUCCGAGUUUAUCCGCUACAGUCUUGGUACAAGCAAGACUAGUCCAAAAAAGGCGUUGUUUUCAAGACGAGAAAGCUCAAACGUAUCUCGGUCUUCAUCAUACAGUAUGAAACGCAAAUAUACCUUUGGAUCACGCUAUGAUUCACCUAUCAAACGAAUUGCCGGAAAUCUUCAUCAGAGAUCUCAAAGAGCCAACAUCCGUUAUUCCAUUUAUUGCCUCAAUACCCAUGAAAACCUUACCGAAAACCAGCGGGUUGACCAAGAAGAUCGUGUCCUGGUACCUGUGACGGAAUCAGCAGAGUUACUUCAGCAUAACGAUAGUGAAUCAGGUUACGUCGGUCAAACCAUUAUACACGCCGACAUGUCAGAAGGAGUGACAAUUGAUCUUACGGUAGCUUUGGAAGUGUUUGGCUUCGAAAAUGUAUAA